AUGUCGCCUUCCACAGGACGCAGCGGGGGAGGUGGCAAGACGACGACGACGAUGACCAACACCACGACGCCAGCAGCUGCUGCCAGCGGUGGUGCACCACCGCGGCCGCACAAGAUGAAGUCCUCUGCCUCACCGGUCUCGCUCUCUGUGGACGAUUUGCUGAUGUCCAUGCUAGAUGCGAAGAGCGAUGAGGAUGUGGCCGCUCCUGCUGCGACUGCUGCUGGGCCGGUGGUGCCAUCGCGUCCCUCGUCCCCCAAACCCCGGCCGCCGGGCAAUCCCUUGAAGGGCAGCGACACGGGCAGCGUCGCGCUCUCGCACAACUCCACCCAUGGCGUGACCGUCGCGACGGCGGCGGUGGAGGCAGCAGGAGGGGACAGCGGUGACGACGACCGGCAGCCGGAACAGCAGCACGAUGCAGAUCCUUUGCCUCCUCCGCCCGCCGCCUGCUCUCAGUCCUCUGCCAGCUCCUCCGGGCACGGGGAUGAUGCCGCGAGGCAGCGGUCCAACGACACCACUAACGAGCCGCACGCCUACCCGUCCAUUGCCACCUUCUCUGCGAAGCCUUCGCACUCGACGCUACCUCGGGAGACGGACCCGUCCAAGCCGUGGCACUCCCCCACACAAAGUCAGCUGAAAAGCCGCGCACGCGCGCCGCAGCCGCAGCCGCAAUUACAACAACCCUCUUUCGAUGCAACAGGGCCGAGGAGCUCGAAGGACGAGAGCAGGACGAGCAACAGCAGCAGCGGCAACAGCAAUCGCUGCAAUGACCCGCUGGCCGUAUCGACCACGCAGAGGCCGGGCACCGAGUCGAUGAAUAGUGACUCGUCCGUCAACUCACGCGGCAACGGUGGGGCUGCUGGGAUGAACAGCGCGAGUCCGAAAGGGGCAUCAGCGCCGCCGACACAUCGACAAGAGACCAGAAACGCUGUGCGGGUUGCUUCGCCGCUGAAGCAACGACCGCGAAAGCGUAGCUCUGCCGUCAAACCGCUAAAUCAGUCCGCCGCACACCCCGCACAGGGGGCGCAUUGCCGCAGCUCGAAAUCUCCCCUCCACGAUUCUACCGAUAUCCAGAGCUCCCAGCGCGGCAGCAGCAGCAGCAGCAACAAGACCGCGCCCGGCACGGCGAACAUGGCUUUCAUUGGUGUGUCGCACAAGACCUUCUCGGCCACGCAGGCGUUCGCGGAGUUCCCGUCGCAGCACGACCGCCACGACGAUGGAAACGGGGAGCGGAGUGCGACGGCGUUGCUGUCCGUCAUUACGGCCGACGAUGGCGACGCACGAAACAGCGGCGCGACUUCCACGACCGGCUCACAAAAGCGGAGGCACUCGCUGGGGAACACCGUGGCGAAGCUUUGGUCAGCGACGUCGCAUCACGGGUCGAGCAAGUCGAGUGCUGUCGCGUCCCCUGCGCCAUCCGCAGCGGAGGUGUCCCCGCACACGAAUGCCGCUGCUGCUCCCUCAACGAGAGCGACGUCAACGGCGGCAACACCGGACAAGACGCCGCCGCCGCCGACGACAACCACAACCACCGUCACCAACAGCAGUGCGUCCAGUCCACAGAAGGACUCCAUGAUACAGCAACAGGCUCUGCCCGCCCUCGUCUCCACCUUUGUCGCGAAGAUCAACGAGGAAGAAGAACCAGGAGCAGCAGCAGCAGCAGCACUCGAUGUGCCAUCUGGUGCGUCUUCACGGACGGCGAGACGGAGUACGGAUAGCUCGACGAGCCUCAGCAAUGCGGCCGUCGUGGCCCCGACCGCCACACCGCGCCAGUCCAGCGAUCGUUUCGCCAAGCGACGCCAAAAGUCAGCGGAGAAGUACGGCCACAGCGUCGGUGAGGCAUCCAUGAACAGAAGCGAUGCAGACACCCUACCACCCCAGCCGGUCCUGCACAGCCGUGAGGAGAUGAUGCCGUCUCCAGAAAAGGCAAGCAAGUUUGUCGCGCUCACAUCUCGCUUCCAGUCGUUGCUGCAGUCGCGGAGCACCUCAUCGCCGUCCAGCAGAGCCAGAGGCUCCUCGAAAGGCGGUUCAAUACGAUCCUCCUUCGACAACGCCGUGAUGGACGCGGAGGGGCUGCGGGCUUUCCCGCUGAACUCCAUUGUGACCAGCGGCAGCAGCAACUUCAUGGCGUCGCGCGACUGCACCCAGGCUCCGACGCCGUGGCACUCUGUCGACCGACUUGUGUCCGCCGGCGAUGAGGAGGACAUGGUAUUUGACCACGCCUCCCCCCUGGCGCUGAGCCAGCCCACGUCGCAGUCCGCCUCAGCGUUGUUGUCGUCUUCCUCUUCCGCUUCACCGUUGAAAUCAUCAGACCGGCCAGCCGCCGGGCGAGCCGCGAAGGGGCGGAAGAGCCUGCUGAGCAUGACGAUCAUCGAGAAGCCGGCCGCGAGCGGCACCGCACGUCGCGCCUCCCAGAGCGCGCAACAGGUAUUUAAAGGUGCGAUGAAUGCCCUGCAGAACAAGCCGCGCACAGCGAGCAACAUCUCCUGGAUGAUCACGGCAGCAAAAGCCGGCGGAGAACGUGACAUCCCCGCCCUCAUUCCGCCACCAGUGCAGCAACAACCGCAGCAGCCUCCUUCGCACCGCCCGUGCGGCGGUCACGGCCUUUUUGACGCACUGCAGGCACACCAAAGCAUCAACGCGGCGCCCACCGCACCCCUCUACGCCGGCCAAGGUCAGGCGACCUACCAACUGUUCACUGGCGCAGCACCGAAUGGAAUGGGGCACGCGACGUCGUCGUCAGCGCCGCUGCCGGUGCCGCUGCCGCCACGAGCGUCGGACGACGACUGCGGCUCGCACCCUGGUGCUGCGAAGCUCAAGUCUGCAGGAAUGCACCGCGCACGGGUGGCCGAGACGCAGGCACCCCCCACUACCCCGCUUGUCUCGCUGUUUCCCUCCACCGACGUCUCCGCCGAUGACGGCAAUGACACCGCAAGCGGCGCCGCGACCUCUCUCUCCGAAGUGUCGAUGCCCCCCAAUACCACGGCGCUGCCAAGGUCGGGCACGUCCGAGUCGCCUGCGCGGGCACGCGGCGCGUUCAGCGCGGGCAUCGCCGCGACGUGGAUGACGGCAGCGCAGGCGUUGCUUCCACCCUCUGGGCACCUGACCUCGCUGCGGGUGCCGCUCUCUGCGCCCGCCACGGCAAGCGGCAUGGCGGUCGUCUCCGCUGCCGCAGCGCCGCAGAGCGGCGUCGCCUGCGGGUUGUUGCCGGGCUCGGCUGAGCAGCCACGUAAGCGCGUCUUCACGAGCGCCCUUCACCUGUCAAUGCCGAUGGAUGCGCCGCUCCUGAAUGCGAAUAGUGAGGAAGCAACCGCCGCCGCCACCGCAGCAGCAGCAGCAACAACAGGAACGGGAACAGGGGCUAGGGCCUCAGUACUUGGCUUCCACUCCCUCAUCAGCACCACCGCAGGCUCCUUCUGGCGCUGCGCCGCUCCACAGGCGGGGACGGCGAUCGGGCUUGAGCCCAUCAACGCCGGCACCGUUACCACCGCCACCGCUGCGGUGCCACCCGCCAACGCGCCUAGCCGCUGGUCGCUCUGCUCCACCUCCAAGCGAAAGUGGACCUCGUCGAUGCCAAGCCUCAACGGCAGCCUGCAUCCGCACCACGGUGCAAGUGCAGGUAACCUGCUACGCGCUCCGUCCGGUUCAUCGCCGCUGCUCCCGCAGACUACCGGCAGCUCGCCGACCUCUUCGCAGGGCGUCCGACGAGGCUUUAGCAGCCGUAAGUUUGGCCCGACCAGCAGCAGCGGCGGCAGCAGCAGGAGCAGCAGUGUGGCUGGCGACAACACGAGUGGCAGCGGCAGCGGCGGCGGUGGACGUCGGUCUGCCGGCAAGUCGAAGCAAGGGCUGCAGCGUCAGCAGUCAUCGACCUCGGCGGAGGGCCGUCGCACGGGGCAGGUGGUGCUGAUGGACGUGGAACCUUCCUUCCCUGCGGAGGAGUCAAGACAGCUGCCGCCGUUGAUGAGGGCCAUGUCACCGAUACGGAAUCUUCGUGCCUCGCUCGUAUCUACCGGCAGCAGCGGGGACGGUGCGUCUUUGCCCCUUGAACCCCAACUGAAUCCCCAGGAGUGUUCGCCGCCUCCGCACCAGAGGCAGCUCGAGCCGUCAGCGCGUGGGCUGGAAUGCGCGAUGAAUCCCCAGGACGCGCCACGCAAAUCGUUGAAUAAAAGCUUCCUCAGUGCUGUGCAGAGCAUCGCCGGCUCGCGGCGCAGCUUCAGCAGCGACGAGAACUGGUUGGCCGCUAUUCUACCCUCCGCGGAAGGCGACGGCGACGGCGGUGCGCCAUCGUUGGGCUGGGUGUCCUCCGCCGUUUCACCGGAGUUUGCGCCGUCCACGAUAAGCUUCAUGGACUUCUCCAUGUUGUCGAGUGGGGAGGGCGAACAUGCACAACUGCCGGGGAAAGACGUUGGCGCAGACGCCGUGGAGCCCGCCGACAAGCGAGCCGCCGCCGCGACGACCACCUCCACAGCUGCUCCUGCUGCGGCUCUGAGUCCUGACCUCGCCACUGCGCAGCGUACUCCACCCGCCUCUCAGCACGGGGAGUCUCAUGCGAAAUCGAUUCUCCGCAGCGCGCACCUCGGCCCCCACCCGACCCGGAACGCGGCGUCGAUUCGCUCGUCCGCGACGACGGCCGCGGUGUUGUCGCCCGUCUCGCUGUCGAUUCUGUUGAACUCCACCUCGUUUGACAGCAAUAAUGGCCGCGCCAGCAGCGGCGGCGGUGGUCACGGUGUGGUGACUGCGGCUCCAGGUGCAGCUGCUGCAACGGCGGUGACCGCAGCGAACGCACCACUGAAUGCCCAGCUGGCCGCUGGCGGCGGCUUCCCGUCCCGUCCGCGACCGAGUCGAUCUUCCUCCCCUCCGCCGAUCCUCCUAUCCUGCGAAGCCGCGCCCGCGCUCUUCACGAUGACGAGUGGGUUUGCGGCGCUGCAGCUGCAUGACAGCCUGCCCUUGACCGUCGGCAGGCGCGGCAGCGGUGCAGCCCCGCCUCUGUCGCUGGAUGGCAGCCGCGACCCGUCCCCGUCCCCACCGCCGGCUCGUUCCCCGCCACCGCCCCUGCACGCGAACACAGAUUCGCAGAGCGGCGAUGGUGAAAAGUCCAGCAACAUCCGCACUGGUGGGGAGGGCAGCGGUGCCAGGUUGGCGGACGCGUCUGCUGCUCCGUCAUCGCCCACCGCCACCGCCGCCGCCACCAUGCCCGCGGCGCCGUCGCCACCACCCGCCCCGUCGGCCCGCGGCGCGACACGCCACACCCGCACGUUGUCGUACACCGGCAGCAACACCGCCAUCCCCGCCCCGCCGGCCACGUCUCUCACCACCAGCGGCAGCGGCGCACGAAGCCGGCUCGUGGGCAGCCUGUCAGCGGCACCCAACAGCACCGCGGGUGGUGUGCCGGCCUCGGCCGACGCCGGUGCAGCCCCGCGGCGCGGUAUUUACGCCCCGAGCCAUUCCCACAGCAGCAGCGGUGUGUCGGAGUUGAUGGUGAUGGAUGUCGCGGUUACCGGCAGCUCGAACGCCAGCUGCAGCGGUAACAGCCCCCUCGCCUCGUCCAUCCUGUACGUCCCGCCGGAGCUGCGACGGGGCCCGGAGUGGCGGCACUUGCAGAAGUACAUCUCCCACAACGUUGCCCAGCUACAGCAACACGACCCACCCCACCUGCUGGCUCCUUCGGCGAUGAAUGACGCCUCUGCCGGCCACGCGCGGAGCCACGCCUCGUCGCACUUUGCGGAGGGCGUGCCAUCCGUCCACGGCGAGAAGCAAGGCGACCCGCGAGGCUCUACCGCGAGUUGGCGGGCUACCCGGGCGGCGCAGGCGGUGCCCCUUCCUCCACCGACAGGAGCGGCAACCGCCACUGCAGCAGAAGCGACAAACACAGCAAACGGCAGCGGUGGCCAAGGCACCAGUGGGCAGCGGGACCAGCAGCAACCGAUCGCGCGUUGGCACAGUAACGCAACUUUCUCCGCGCACUGCCCAGGACAUCCGCAAGGAGCCGGCCCACGCGGUCCGCAUGGGUCGUCCCCUCCCCUUUCUUCUGCACCUCCGUCCUCACCGUCGCCAGGCGCACAGCUGCAACUGGUUAGGCUGGGGAGCCUACUGAGCAUUGACGCGCCGAACAACACGAACUACUCCUCGAGUGUGGCGUCUGUCAUCGCACACACGCUGCCGUAUCUGCCGUCACAACUGCCCAUCUUCACCACGUUUGCGCAGGCCGGGAAGGCCGAGGCGGUGCACGGCGAUGCUCCGCAGCUUCGGGCACGAGUGCCAAGCGGCAACACCGACACCCGCGGCCCAUCGAUUGGCCAAGUCAGCAGCGGCGGUGGCGAGGCGCCUACCGAUUUGAACUCACCCGCCGAGGCACGGGGCGGCCUCUCCUCUCCGACAGCAGAGCCCGACGGCGACAACGCACAGCAUCCGUUGCUGCGGCUGCUUGUGCCCCCGUCGUCGUCGGAGGCGCUGCGAGACGAGAGCACCCUCUCCGGCGUACUGUUUAUCGCGUCCGAGAGCGACGAUGACGACGUCAGCUGCGAGGGCAGCAGCACCAACAGCAGCCCCAUUUUACUGUACGGGCAUUCGCACCGGAAGGGCGCGACGACGCCGAGGAAGGCGGCGGCCGUGAAGGAGAGGAGCGGGGCCCACGCAGCAAAUUUCGACUCCUCCCUGUCCUUCUCGUUCCCGUCUGGAAAGUUCGCCUCGCCGGCGCCUGCUGUGGGGGGUCGACAGCUGACCGCACUGGCGAACCUCGCGCACGCGACGGCUCCUUCAGAGGUCGAGGCACCGCCGCCGCAGCAGCAGCAGCAAAGGGAGGAUGCGGAGGCGCCUGCUGCCGGCCUCAAGUCGUCACAUAGCAUCAACACAGUCGACGCGAACACCGCUGAAAAACGCCACUCCCGCGCCGGCCUCACGUCGUUUUCUGCGUCAACGCGGCGGGUGAGCUCCCUCCGCUCAGACCCGACGCAGCACUCCAUGGAUCGAAUGAACUUCAGUGGUGCGACGGCCCUUCAACAAGCGAGCCGCACCCGCUACAGCAUUACCGACUCGCUCGAGCGCGCCGACUCACGCGGCGGCAGUAGCAAAGGCGAUCGCCGCCGGUCUCUCAGAAGUCCAUUUGUGGACGAAAACGGAAGUCCACCCGGCGGGCAGCAGCUGCACGAAGGCAGCGCCAUCUUUGAGAACCCCGACUCGGCCCGCUACGACGUGGUUGAUACCUCGUCCUCGAGCUGCAUCCUCCGCCGUCACGACACCCCUGAGGACGCGGGGGAGCAACACUGCAUGCAAGGACCACCGCGGAUGGUGCAGUCGCCUCUGCAGUCCGCCGCGGCGGCAGCGCGUCGUCGGCAGUCGCUGCAGUCACGGCUCGCCGCGGCGAAUGAGAAGGCUUCUACCUCACCCGAAACAGCAGCAGUAGCAGCAGCGCCACUACCCCCGAACCCGCCGGCGGCUGCCGUGGCUGCCCUUGUCGGGUCCUCCGCACCCUACCACACCGCAGCCGUGCCCCCGGCAAGCACACCCAGCAACAAAGACGACGCCGGUGAAGUACGCGGGUGCGCUGCACAGCCGCAGCGGCCCUCGCCCACGGGUGAGGCACGCCCGCGUCGGCAGCCGCUGCAGUCGUCACGGAAGACGUCCACGCCGACCGGCGGGCUGCCAUCCGCGCCUGGCAGUGCCACACGCAGCUCUGACGCCUCCGACGAUGCCGCCUCCGCACGGAGGAGGAAGUCGGCGCUCUCCGACACAAGCGAAGGUUGUUCUCCACUGUUGGCCUUUUCGCCGGUGGCGCCGGACAUCACAGAGACGGAGGACGGCGUGCGUCAUGGCGACGUAACGGCCAAGCAGGAGGCGACGGCUGCUACGGCGUCGCCGACCGAGCGCUCCCCACCUGCUGCGGAUGAUGGUGGUCAUCACAACGGUGCAGGCGGUGUUUCCCAUGUCAUCAGUGUGCAGCGCAGCAGCGUGGGCGACGUCGACGAGGCAACGACGAUGAAGGCUACCGCGGCGGCAUCGCCAUCGUUGUCGUCGCACGCGGCUGCCGCGAAGACCUGCGCAGCGACCAACGCCACCCCCUCUUCACCCCCCUCUUCGGAUGUCGUGCGCGCGGCGUCGAACACCGUGCAGAGACCAAGUGGCGGCAGCAGCAAAGUGGCAGAGGCGUCAUCGCUGACCGCCCCGCCCGCCUCUCGCCUGGCUGCGAACACGCGACUCUCCCUCGCACAGACCUCCCCGGGCGGGGGGCCGGCCCACCCGUCAGGCUGCCUCACAAAAAGUCCCGGUAAGUCCCAUCACGACAGCCCCGCCGUCCCCACCACCGCCACCCCCACGCCUUUCAUGCUACCGAACUGCGCGAUGAUGUCCUCGAUGGAGCUGGCCAGCCAGACGGAGAGCACCAUCACGAGCACCGCGGCCUCGCCGGACCUGCACUUUUGUCUCACCUCAGUCACCGGCGCCGUCAGCGUGAGUGGGCCGCUGGCGCUGAGCGGCGGGGCGUCUGGCGGCAUGGACGACUCCUUAUUAACCAACGCGACGGAUGAGAACCGCACGCUGAUGAUGCUGAGCGCGUUCCCGAUGCGCCACACGCCUCUCGCCACUCCGUCGCUGCUGGACGCCGCCGAGACCGGAGCGGCCCACAACAACGGCGGUGGCGGUGGCGUGUCGGUGGGGGCGCAGAAUCACACGGCCUCCGCCGGUGCUGGCAAGACACCGGUGCUCACGUCGGACGUCCCGCCGACGGCCCUUCCUCUUCGGCAGGUCACCUCCCCGAAUGGGCAUCGUGGCGGUCGUGCAGCUGCUGGCGGCGGUCGGGGUCGGCGUGCCGGGGAAGCCGUUGUGCCGUCUCCCCCGUUGCCACCCUCGCCCCGAGCGGGUCGGACGCCCAGCGCGUCGACCACCAGCAGCAGCACCACGACACGCACCACCGUGUCCACCAACAGCAACUCGGGCACUUCGGCGCAGCGGCAGCGUUUGCCGCGCGUCGACGCGUCGUCUACCACGACGAGCACGGCGUCCACGACGGGGUCGACAUCCUCGCACGCGGCGGCCACACCGCGUUGGCGCGCCUUUACCAACUUAUCAUCGCCAACACGUGCAGGUGUGGUGAUGGUGCACGUGGGGAACACGGAGAAUAAGGAGAGUCCAUCAGCGCGUGCGACACCGGCGCUGCCGCAGCUGCCGCAUCCACCCACCAAAACGCAGUUGAACGCCUCCUCCACGACGGCGACGUCGUCGUCCACGGCGUCUUCAGCGACACAGCACCUCGCCGGCCAUUAA